AUGACCAGCCAAGCGAAGGUCUUGGACUUCUUGGAUUUCGGUGGUACCUGGGACCCAUCAUUGGCCUUCGUGAUGGGCUGUGGCAUCCUGGUCAGCGGCCCAGCCUUCCUUUAUGCAGAGCGGGAGGCCAGCAAGCCUCUGUGCAGCGACUGCAGCUACGAGAAGCCCCCAAAGCAUGGCAACUAUCCACCGUUGAUCUUUGGAGCCAGCUUCUUCGGGCUGGGUUGGGGCCUGAUCGGGAUCUGCCCGGGGCCGGCUGUUGCUGGCGUCAUUCCUUACCUCGUGGACGGUGACGGCCCAGGCUUCUCCUUUGGCUUGUCUUUUCUAGUGAUUUGCAUUACAUGGUUGAUCACCGAUCGCGUGGUUGUAAAGCUGGAGAAGGCGGCCGCCGCGCAAGCGCUGCCGAAGGCUGCGCAGCCUUCAGACCCCCAAAUCGAGGACGUUCCUGACGUGAAGCAGGAAACGGUGGAUGAGGAAAACAUGGUCUAUGAAGAUUUUGCACUUCAGCGAUACACCGUUGAAAUUGAGAAAGAAGAAAAGAAGAAGGAUGUUGAAGCUCCUGCGAAUCCUGACAUGUUCGGUCUCGGAGAUGUAGAAGACGAAGAAGAAGAUGAUGCGGAGAAAAACCAGAUCGAGUUGGCAGUCCCCAAGAAGCUGAUGGUGCUGCCCAAGAAUGUGUUGGUAGACUUGAAGCCUCCAAAGAGCCAGCUGGAACGCCUCGUGAAGGACUGGAACGUCUGGAGGAAACGGCCGCGAUCUGUCAGUGCGAGCCAGGAUGCGGAAGCUGUGGCUGCCGCUUUGGGUCCGCCCUUGGAGUCCAUGGCGAACUUUCUGCAGGAUGCCACGCAAGCAGUGGGCACCGGGUUAGCUACUGGCCGAGAUGGCGCCGAGCUCAUCGCCGACGAGUGCAGACAGGAUGGUGCUGCGUCAGUUCUGCUGCUUUCAUUUUCGGCUUUUGAAUCUAGCUUUCUACUCAGUUCUUUCCAAGCAAGUCAAUUGACCAGAAGGAAUAUUGUCACGUGA